ACUUUGCUGACGACGCCGGCGGCGACCAAUCGGCGGGCUCCACGGCGGCCGGCGCUGGCGGCGUUGACGUCAGCGGCCGGCCGACCAAUCGGAGAGCGACACGCCGGUGUUGCGCCAGCCGCCGCUCGGCCGCAGUGUGACCGCAGGCUCCGGGAGCGCAGGUCGGCCGCCGCGGCAUGGUGCAGAGGAGUAGAGAGCGGACAGUCGAGAGGCGGCAGAGGGGUCAGUCCACUGUGAGCCUGCGCAGCGCGGGCAGCUAGCGUCAUGACAACAAAGAUCAUCAUCACGCCGGCCAACCACGGUGUCUCGAAGGCGUCGGCGCUGGCCGGCGCGCCGCGCACGGUCCGGGUGGUGACGGUGGGCUCGCCGCCGUCGUCGGCCGGCCGCGGCCCGCAGACCCGGGUGCUGCAGGCCACGCCGACCACCACCGUGUCGCCGGCCGUUGUGCGGACCGUGCUGAAGCGGGUGUACACCAGCAGACCGGCGGAGAAUGCCGUCACCACCACCACCACCACCCCGGCGCUGUCGGGGAUCAUGCCGAGCCCGCCGAAGAAACGGCAGAGGCUCGACCACCUCACCGCCGACCAGAAAAACCAGAGGAGAAAACUGAAGAACCGAGUAGCAGCUCAGACGGCCCGGGACCGUAAGAAGCUGCAGAUGGACCUGCUGGAGAGCAGAGUCACCAGUCUGGAGCGUCAGAACGACAAGCUACUCCAACAAAACGCCUUCCUGCAGAAGCAGAACGAGCUGCUGAGCCAGCAGAACGCGCUGCUACUGCAGCGGCUGGAACCGGCCGGCGCGGCCGCCCCCACCCCCGCCUCCGUUGAGUCUGCAGCACUCAUUAGUGGCCCUCAGCAGAAGGGACAGGAGUCGGGGAGGGCGGUGGCGGCGCUGCUGGCUCUCAGCCUGCUCAGCUGGGCAGGCUUCCAGGUGGCACUGGCAGCGACAGUGACCAACACGCUGAUCUGCUCGAGCUCAUCAGUCGCUCGAUAUUCGGCGGCGAAGAGCCGGCGCGAGGGGACGCGUCCGCCGCCGGCGCUGCUCUGGUGGGGACCGCAGCAGAAGAGCUGGAGCCCAGCCAUGAUACGGUGACCGAGGACCCGGCGCAGGCGCUGCUCGCACUGCUCGAGGAGUCCGACUCGCCCGACUCGCCCGACUCUCCGGCGAGCAGCUCGGACGGCGCCGUGCCCGGCUCGCCGCGCGUCCCCUCGCCCACCGAGUCGCUCGAACUGGACGUGAAACCCCACAUGGACGACCUCUGCAAGAUGGAGGACCAACACUCCCCGACACCCUGGUCCAUCUUCGACGACGAGCCCCUCGACGCUCAGCUGGACGACCAGCUUCUGCUGUUCCCCCAGUUGGUGUUGUAGAUAUAGAAUUGAUUUAUUUAUCCUUGUUCAUAUGAUGCGACGUUACUUUGAAAAUAUUAUAACCGAGCUGGGUGUAAAGGAAAUAUUCCCUGCCGUACAUAUUUACGACAGCGUUCCUUGUGAAGUGACCUGACUGUCGGUUUUGGCUGUAAAUGUUCGGGCCCUGGGGCGAGUCCGGGCUGACCAAUACAUGAGAAUGUGCACAA